GCGAGCUGGGACUCGGUACGCGCAGGGCGGCCAGAGCAGCAUGGCGGAAGACGAGAGUGACCAGGAAUCGGAGAGACUCGGCGAGGAACUGAAGGCCAUUAAUGAGCCGCAUCUUCCCGCCGGAUUGUCUCCUGCCCUGAGCAGCCAGUAUUAUUGCUACCGCUUCUGCCAGGUUGUUGAAGAUUAUGCUGGAAGAUGGCAGGUUCCUCUGCCACAGCUUCAAGUACUCCAAACAGCUCUCUGUUGUUUCACAUCUGCAUGUGUAUCUUUUCCAGAUGAAUGUGAACAUGUACAAUAUGUGCUAAGUAGCCUAGCCUUGAGCUUUUUUGAACUGUUGCUAUUCUUUGGAAAAGAUGAAUUCUAUGAAGAUCCUUUAAAAGACAUUCUUGGAUCAAUCCAGGAUUGCCAGAAUCGACUCAGCAGAUACAAAAAUGUUAACUUAGAAUUGGUGACUCGAAUUACCAGAGACGGUGGACCUUGGGAGGAUCCUGUAUUACAAGCUGUUCUUAAAGGAAGAUCAGCUUCUCAGGAAUUAGUCAACAAAUAUUUAAGCUCUGAAAAUCCACUGUUCUUUGAAUUACGUGCCAGAUAUCUUAUUGCCUGUGAACGCAUCCCAGAGGCAAUGGCUCUUAUCAAAGCUUGCAUGAAUCAUCCUAAUAUUAGCAAAGAUCUUUACUUCCAUCAAGCAUUUUUCAUGUGUCUUUAUAUGUCUCCGCUAGAAGAUCACCUAUUCCAAGAGCAUUUGCUGAGGACUGACUGCAAGAAUGGCAUUGAAAUCAUCUGCAACAUUGCAAAAGAAGGGAAGAUUGCUGUAGCAUUGAAUCUUUGUGAAUUGUUUCUUAUUCCACAGCUCAAAAAAGGGGAUAUGUAUUGCAUCUGGGAGCUGAUCUUUAUUUGGAGUAAACUGCAACUUAGAUCUAACCCAUCAAAGCAAGUAUUUGUAGAUCAAUGCUACCAUCUUUUAAGGAUAGCUACAAAUUUACAAGUUAUUUUCCCUUUCAUGAAAGUCAUUAGGGAUGAAAUUGGCAAGGAAGGUCUACAGAUUUGUGUAGAGAUCUGUGGAAGUGCUCUUCAGCUAGAUCUUCAUGAUGAUCCAAAAAUGAAAUGUUUGAUAUACAAAACCAUUGCUCACUUUUUGCCAAGUGACUUAGAAAUAGUGCGAAUAUGUGCUCUUUCUAUAUUUUUUAUUGAGCGCACCAUGGAGUCCUAUUAUACUAUUGAACAGCUAUAUAAAUGUACAGAUGAAGACUACAAUGAACAGAUAAGUUCAGUUCAGAAUCGUGUACGUUUUGAGUUGCUCCCAAUUUUGAAAAAGGGAUUGUUUUUUGAUCCAGAAUUUUGGAAUUUUUUGAUGAUCAAACAGAACUGUUUAGCACUGCUAAGAGAUAAAGCCUCAGUUGAACUGACUGAACGUCCACGUGAGCUUUCUUCUGCAAAUACAUCAAAGACACGUCGAGCACUGCGGAGUGAUCAAUCUUGUAUAUCUGAGAUAAACAAUGGAGAACUAGGCCAUGAAGAUAUUUCUGAAGCACAAUUGGAAAAUGAUGGUAAUUGCAAAAAGAACCAUGUAGUUCUUAAUUCAUCUAAAACUGAUCACAAUGUACCAAAACAUCGUUGCAUAUUAUGUAACAGAGAAUUUGUUGGUGGCCAUAUUGUGAGGCAUGCCCAGGCUCAUCAGAAGAAGGGCAGUUUCUCAUGUGUAAUGUGUUGUAGAAAAUUCAGACAAAAAAGUAUAAUGCUUAAGCACUUAAAGAAUCACAUCAAGAAAAUGACACUGCAUCAUCUGACUGCAACUUCUGUUGAUAAAGGAACUCUUAUUGUAAAUGAAAUGAACUGUUCUAGUGUUGAUGUCCCCCUUCAAAAUGGGGACUUGGACAGUACUGAAAUGAAAAAUGAAGAAAAUGAAGUGGAGCUAGUCAUUCCAACUACUAAUCAGGAGAUACAGAAUUCUGAACUUGCACUGGAUGUAACCAAAAAUCAUGUUAGUAGCCAGGAUGAUGUUGUUGAAAAUGGUAGUUGUGAUAAUGAUUCAAAUAAUAUUCCUGAGGUGGAAAUGAAAGAAGAAUCACCAGAAAACAGCCUGAAUAGAGAACUCCCUAUACUUCACAAAGUAAAUGGUGCGCUCUGUCCUCAAAAUGAUUUAGAUCACACAAGUAAUUUCAAGUGUCCUGCAGAUGGAUGUAUUAGAGUCUUUAAAAAAAUACGGUUUCUGAAUAAGCAUGCACGCAAGGCUCAUCCUACUGAUCUGAAUGUGCAAGAGCAUAUAAUGAAAUGGAAUAAUGGAAAAUGUAGAUUUUGUCAGAGAAAAUUUUUGGAUUCCCAUCAUUUUAUUGAUCAUCUGAAACAACAUGUUUAUCCAAAUGUAUAUUUCUGUUUGCAUUUUAACUGUAAUCAGAGAUUUAAGCUGUCUACUGAGCUUGCAGAACAUAUGAAAAGUCAUACUGAGUUUAAAGCUCAGUGUAACUUUGCAGAGUGUUGUAAACUUUUUGAUGACAUUUCAUUGUUAUAUGAGCAUGAAGCUCAACAUUACUUAAACAUAGCAAAUCCUUCUGAAGUCAGUGAAAAUAUUUCUUCAGUUGUUUUGGAAUCUGAGUGUGCUAUUCAAGAAAUAGCAGAUAAUGGUGGUGAAAAGGAGCUUAUAAUGGACUUGCCAAUUCCCACUUGGAAAGCAAGGAAAGAUUCUCUAGAACCAAAGACUUAUAUCCAGGCUGAGAAAAAAGUAAAUAAUCUAAUCCAGAAUGGGAAUGAAAAUGCAUAUGGUAGUGCUAUCACAGUUGUGAACUUAAUAGACCAAAAGGUACCUGAAGAAGUAGAGCCAAAUUUAGAAAGCUGUAAACUUAAUGAUCAGCUAGUCAAUGGGCAUGGUGAAUUGGAACAAACAACAGCCACAUUGGAUGCUGAUUUGGAAACGACGAGUGCCAAUACUAGGACAGAAAAUGGAUCUAUUCUACCUGUUCUGCAGAACUGUACAGAUAUAUCAGACACUACUCUUGUGGAUUCUCAGACACUUUCUAAACCAAAUCAGAUAACAGAAAAUACAUCGUACGGCUUAAUUUUAACAAAGCCUUAUAUUAGACCAUUGCCUCCGAGUUACCUUGAUGAACGAUAUAUUAGCAUGCCAAAACGAAGAAAAACUUUGACUGAUAAAGUAGAUGCACAUUCAGAGCAAGGCAAAACGUGUAGCAAAUCAGAAAGACUAAGAUGCAGCAAAUGUUUGACCACCUACUGUAACUCAGAAGCACUUCAGCGUCAUCUUGCACAAAAGAAGUGUAGGACACUUUUUGGAUUCGAUUCAGAUGAUGAAAGUGCCUGAGCAAAUGAUGUAUGAAGACUUCUCCAUUUGAGGAGUAGUGAUGGAACACUACAAUAUUCUGCAUCUACCUGCUUUUCCCUUCUUGGCCUUAAUUAUAAAGAAGUCUAAAAUUACUAAAGAAAAUCAUGAUCUUUCUGAGAAUUAAAGCACACGGGUCACAACUAAGUGAUAGUAGGAGCCGUGCAGUAUUAGUAUCCAGAAAACAAGCAAACUUUGUUUAAACCCCCAAAGUACCAGUUAUCUAAAAGCCACAAGUUCUUGCAUAGUUCUACUCUUAGGUAAAUUCACUGGGUGGCUGUAUACUGAAAAGAUUUCAUGCUGACUGAAAACAAUUGUUCCAGAGAAAAAUGCCUAUGGGACAUGCCUCUUUCUGAAUCUGUAUGUUCAAAGGAAGCCAUUCUGUAUGAUAAAACUAGUUUGAGUCACAUUCAAUGUUGCUGUGCAUUAAAAUUGGAUCAAUUAAAAAUAGAUCCAUGUAUAGAGGUUGACUCUUCUUGCAAUGGUAUAUUUUGUACCUUGGAAAUGGAACUGAUGAAUGUAAGAAAAAAACAGUGCUGGGCAGUGUAUCUUAAUAAAUGUUUUAAGGCAUA